UCGCAAUCUCGCAGUGAUUGCCAAUAUUGAAGUGCCAAAUUCUUAUCCGUUCUUAUCUAUGUCCUAUUUGUCACAUAAUUCGCUGCCAUGAGUGAAAGGAGUAAUGUUUGCCAAAGGGGUCCAAGUGUUGCAAUUUUUGACAGUCAUAGAGAAUUACUUCACGAGUCGGCUCCGACAGCGUUCGGGGAUCGAAGCCUGAAAUCUACUAUUAAUACACUUAGAACAAUGCAGCGAGAAACCAAUGAAUUUUUAACCAAACUUGUGAACGAACAAACUUCGCAGGAUGCUGGUAAAAAGGAAAGUGCUGCAGAGGAUAAAGACAGUGCAGAUGAGGAAGAUGAUGGAGAUGAAGAUGAGGAUGAAAGUGCUUGUCCAAAGAAAAGAAAACACCAGUAGAUCUCAUUCAUAUUUACGGAAAGCAGCUAUUAAAUACUCAUGGUUUUAUGUCAUUGAAUUCUUCAACAAAUAUUACUGCCCUAGUUCUUUCCAUGGUUUUUGAAAUUGUUGAAAUAAUUUGUUCAUUGGAAAAGUGAAAAAGGAUUGCAAAAUAAUGUAGUACCAUAUUUAAUUAAAAAUUAGUUCUGUAA